AAGUGACGCCGUUUUGCGUAUUAUAUUGUUGCUCCGGAAAGGACACUUCUCUCUUCCUCCUCCUAUCGAUUCAUCCCCUCCGCCAUUACCACCGUCCGUCGUCCUCCUAAUACACCUGCACCGCACUCCAUUAAGAGCAGCUCACUUGCAUUCAAAAGGUCCAGUUCCGUCUCCAGCUUAAGUUUUUUCCUUAAUCGUCUGUUUUAAUUCAUGUACUCGUUUAAUUUCCUGGUGAAUUUGGCUUUUGUGGAUUGUGGUUGUUUUUGCUAUUAAGCGCAAGAGCAUUGUCGGCUGGCUAAACACAAAGAAUCCUAGAUCCUCAAUCACUUGAUUAUUAUUCCUCUGCUAUGUGAUGAUUGCUGAUAUGUAGUUAAUUCUUUAAUUUCUCAAUCUUCCCAGUUCAGUCCAAAGUAUACUUGAAAAAAAAAAGAAUCAGAUGGUGAAUAGCAUGAAAUCAUCGCCAAGUAAUCCACCCAAAAACCCACAAAUCAUAAUCCUCAAAUCUGCAAUCUGCUCUAGACUCCUCCUCAUAGCGCUUAUCCUCCUCUGGCGCACUGUUCUUCAUCCAUAUGACACUUCAUCUCCCUUGAACCCUAAUUGCCUCUCUUCAAACUUUAUCACUCAUCAUCAGCAUCACAAUCAAAGCAUUCUAUUGCCACGGCUUGGCUCUGCAAUUGAGGAUAGUGUUGUAUGGGAUAGUGUCUACUUUGUUCGAAUUGCAGAAUGCGGGUAUGAGUAUGAGCAGUCUUACGCCUUCUUGCCUCUGCUUCCCAUUUGCAUUUCUGUUUUGUCUCGUACAGUGUUCGCACCGUUAGUUCCUCUUAUUGGAUUCAGGGCUGUGCUGGCAUUGGCUGGAUAUGUGAUUAAUAAUGUUGCAUUUGUGCUUGCAGCAAUUUAUCUUUAUAGAUACUCAGAGAGUUUGUACUCUUUAUUCUCGCUUGGAGGGUUGUAUCACUUAAUAGCUGGGUCAAAUAAUAUUGCUGUUCUGUGGUUUGCUCUCUCUGGUUGUGCAAGGGCUAAUGGAGUGCUUAAUGCUGGUUAUUUCUGUUUUCAGACAAUGCAUCAAGUUUAUCAUGGUUUAUUCCUGAAAAAAUACGCUUCUUUGGCAGUGAAGGCUGUUAUCACUGGAGCAUUGCGUUGUACAUGUACUUUUCUUCCCUUUAUUGCCUUUCAAGCAUAUGGCUACUACAAUAUUUGCAAUGGACAUGCCCCAGAGGAAAUGAGGCCUUGGUGCAAAUACAAAAUACCUUUGCUCUACAAUUACAUCCAGAGUCAUUACUGGAAAGUAGGUUUCUUGAGGUAUUUUCAGUUGAAGCAAUUGCCAAACUUUCUGCUUGCAUCCCCAAUACUGUCUUUGGCAAUUUGCUGCAUUCUCCACUAUGUGAGGUCACAACCAGAGAUGUUUUUCUCAUUGGGCUUUCGAGCACCUAUUGGCGAAAAGAGGUCCAGAGAUUCAUUUUCUUCUCUAGAUACAGUUUCAGGACCAAACAUUGCUCCCUCAAAGGAAAAUUUAUCUACUAAAACGCAAGAAUAUCAUAAUCUUAGACAAAGGAGACAAACGAUUGAAGGGGAUGGUUAUCCUACUCUUCACGAAGAACAUGAUUUAUUCCAGAAACCAGAAUGCCUUCAUGCCUUUGUCAUUCCAUGCACUUUGCACUUGGGUUUCAUGGCAGCCACAGCUUUUCUCGUCAUGCAUGUGCAGGUUGCUACACGUUUCUUGUCUGCUAGUCCUCCCCUGUACUGGUAUGCAUCAUAUAAAGCCGUGUCUCCUGGUAAAAGAUGGGGUUACAUGUUCUGGGCAUAUUCUACAGCCUACAUUCUUCUGGGCAGCCUGCUGUUUUCGAACUUCUAUCCCUUCACUUGAAAAAAUCUUCAAAUCCAUCGUCCACCUACUCUUUGAGUGAGAUUAGAGUCUGUCUUACUGCUGAGAUCUUUGCCAUUUUCCCAAGUGAAUGGACUGAUUGGAUACAAAUCAGUGAAAUUGCGAUCACAUUAUCUGUUGUCUUGUUUUAUCAUGAACCAUCUUCAAUGCCAAUCAUAAAGUGAAUACUGAUUUAUCUUUUUC